UGCGCAUCAAUAAGUUGCUUGCCAACCGCCAUAAAAAAGAAGAGGAAAAAGUUACGUACAGGAAGUAGUUUGCGUCCGCUUGUAGGCGAAUAGAACAGAAAGGAUCUAUUUUUAUUUUAUUUUGGUAUGAGUGAUGGAGGAUCCCAGUCCAUCCAAAGUGGUUCUCUUGGCCUGCGGCUCCUUCAACCCCAUAACUAACAUGCACCUGAGGAUGUUUGAGCUGGCCCGAGAUCAUCUGGAAGACACAGGUCAGUACAGGGUGAUAAAAGGAAUCAUAUCUCCGGUGGGCGAUGCCUAUAAGAAAAAGGGUUUGAUUGAGUCCUGUCACCGUGUGGAGAUGGUCCGAUUGGCCACAGAAAGCUCAGGAUGGAUCACAGUGGACUCCUGGGAGAGCCAGCAGUCAGAGUGGUUGGAGACGGUUAAAGUGGUUCGGCAUCAUUAUGAAGAGAUUAUUGCUGCAGAACAUAACAAAGAUGAUGUGGACACAGUAAAGCAUGCAAAGAAGAGGCGUAUAGAGGAGAAACGCUUUGAGAGUUCAGAUCAGAACAAAAAAAGAGAUGUCCCUCAUCUGAUGCUGCUAUGUGGAGCAGAUGUCCUGGAAUCCUUUGAAACUCCCAAUCUUUGGAAGAAGGAGGACAUCGCUGAGAUCGUGGGGCGCUACGGUUUGGUCUGCAUCACUCGCAGCGGCGGCGACCCGCACAAAUUCAUCAACCAGUUGGACGAGCUAUGGAAGUAUCGCACGAAUAUCCACGUCGUCCAUGAAUGGGUGACCAACGACAUCUCUGCGACCCAUGUCCGGCGGGCACUGCGCCGAGGCCGAAGCGUCAGAUACCUGCUGCCCGACAGCGUCAUCAGCUACAUUCAGGAGCAUGGCCUCUACAGCGCUGAGAGCGAGCAGAAAAACGCUGAUGUAAUUCUUGCGCCUUUUCAGAGAUACUCUGAGGCCUCCACCAGCUGAUGAACUUUAACGCCAUGUUUACAAAAAAAAGCUGAAGCCGGUUUGCUGUGAAUCCAAAACAAAUUAGAUUGUUUAUUCAUGCUGUCAGUAGUGUCUGUUUCACAGACCAAUCAUUCAGAUGAGUUUUAUGGUGGAAAUGUUUAUUUUUUAUUUUGCACUAAUCGGAGUAAAAGAGCCAAAGUUCAACUACAAAUAAAACACUUUUUUU